AUGAAUCAGCCAGGAAUGCCUCCACCCCAGUAUAUGCUGAUGCCACAUCCCGGAGCCAUACCGGGCGUACCUGAAGGGCUGGAAUACCUGGCUGCUGUUGACCAACUGAUCAUCAAACAGGAAGUUGAACUUUUUGAAGUGCUCAGUGGCAUGGAGUGUAAGAACAAGUACCGAGUGUUCAACAGUAUUCAGCAACAAGUCUAUUAUGCCUAUGAAGAAUCUGAUACCUGUAACCGCAUAUGUUUUGGUGCCAGUCGAGGAUUUGUUUUACACAUUACAGACAAUCAACAGCAGGAAGUUCUGAACAUUGUCCGGGAAUUCCGUUGUUGCACCGGUUGCUGUUGGUGUGCAGACGGCUGCUGCCAGUACCCAAUGAUGGUCAAUGACAAGGCUGGACGCAAGCUGGGCAUGAUCAGACAAAUGAAUUCUUGUUGCCAGCUGCGUUUUGGAAUCUUUGAUGAGAAUGAUGUGCCCUUGUAUGAGAUUUGGGCUCCUUGCUGUGGCUGCCAGUGUGUUUGUAUGACAGAGGAUGUCAAUUUUCCAAUUUGCAACAUAAGUGACAAAACACAAGUGGGAAACAUCCGCAAGAUCUGGGGUGGUUUGAUCCAGGAGGCUUACACUAAAGCUGAUACUUUUGGAGUCUCAUUUCCAAUGGACCUUCUUGUCAAACACAAAGCCUUGAUGCUGGCGGCUAUAUUUUUAAUUGACUUCGCAAUUUUCGAGAGGCAAAAGAAGAACAACAACAGAUAA